UGCAAUGGUUUUGUUGAUUCGAGGGAUUCCUGGGUAAACAAACCAACCACAUCACAUUUUUGCCAAGCUGGGACAAGCAGACUCGCCAAUUAUCCGACCUUCCUGACCUCUGGAACUUUCAGAAUGACAACUAAGGAAUAUAUAGUUCUUUAUACACAUCAAAAACAGAAGAAAGCAAAGGUCUGGCAAGAUGGUGUUCUCAAAUACCCGGCAGGUGGUGACAACAAAAAGGCGACCUUGUUUGACGAUAAUGGUAACAGGCUGGAGCAGGUUCACAUCAAACCUGGAAAGGUUGAGGUCGGGGAUGAUUUAGAAAGUGCAAGACACCUGAUCACUGUUGAAGAGGUGAAAAUCGCAGCCAAAAUAGUGGAUGAGGGGCCUCCUCCAAAAGAGAACUGGUUUGCGGAGAGUAAGAGACCAAAAGUCCCAGCUGCCAAGCCCCUGAGUGGGAAGGGAGUUAGCUCUGCUCGAGGACGAGGUCUUCCCAGGACUGGACUUCUUCGCAAAAGAAGCGCCUCACUCUACAAUGAUGAAGGGAAUCGAUUAGAGAAGGCUUACGUCAAGUCAGGUCAGGGCUUCAAUCCACCUCGGUUGGUGAAGAAACCAAGGCUUGAAGAGGAAACGGAAACUCCAGCUGAAACAUCACCAGUUGUUUCAUCACGACCCCAGAACCCUUCCAAUCUCUUCAGCCUUUACUCCGAGCGCAGGCCUGUUGAGGGUGGUAGUCGGAAAAGGAGGGAUGAGGGACCUGCCAUUGAUAACGCAUCGGAAAGGUCCAAAGGAAAUCAAUCAGCACCUUCUUUAUUGAACCUAGCAGGAAUGACUCGGAAUCUUGGAGAGACCUGUUGCAAUCAUGGUGUAGCGUUAAGUAGAAUUGGAAGUGUUCCCCGAGACGGGAAAGACAAGGCACACCAAUCAGAAAAACGAAUACCAAGCUUCGGCAAACCUGGUCUCCGCACAUCAAAGCAACUAGCAGAGUGUCCAGGACCAGAACAGACAUCGUCGCUAGAAUCCAUGAAAGAGACUGUGGUCCCACCUAUCCCUCUUCGGCGUAACAAGUCCCAGAUUCUUGCUCUGAUUGGUUCAGAAACAAAAUGUGAUAAUCGUGGUGUGCAGUCUGCCUCUGACCAACCUGGACGUGCAUGUGACCAGAUUCAGCACAAGAGCCCACGUGAGAAAAUGAAUUCUGGAUCAUGUAUGAAAGAAAUUCAAAACUGCUGUGGUCUUGAUAAACAUGUUUCUGUUACGAGUGUUACCUGUACAGAAAAAGUAAAUGAAAGAUGUCACCAAAUGCAACUUGGUGCUCAUGAGCCAGGACUUGAUAAUGAUGACAUGGUCCCCAAAGGGCUGCAUGUGAGAGUCGAUCAGGAUGUGCCACGUAGUCAAACUUCAGUCAGCUGUGAUAUAAAGUCACAAUCACAAGCAGCUUUUCAUAGUCGUGAUCGUGAUAUACUUAUAAAUUCAUCAACUUCUCCAUUGUGUAAAACUGAAUGUCUUGAAGGCUGUAGGCCUAACGUCGCUCUUAACACUUCAAAUCCUGUGAAUACUGUAGAAGAAUGCAUUGAUGAACCCAAGGCUUUGUCUGAGGCUAAGUACAUGGAAAAUAGCCAACAUACAUGUAACAUUGAUCUUGCUUGCGCUGAACUGAAAUCAGAAAGUUGUGUUUUUCAAAGUCCUGAUGUUAGUCAGUCAUCAGAUCAGCUGGAGCUGGUUUCGUGUCAUGGUGCUGAAUUGGUUUUCAGCACAGAUUUGCCUGCAAAUGAAAACACUGGCAAGGGAUCAUUCUCGUCAAAUAUUAAUAUUGGUAAGAUUGCAGUGGAGGCUGAGAACAUUGACUCCAAACCUGAUAAAGAUGAGGCUGAUAUUGUUGAGAAUUGUAAUAGUUCUCUGGAUAAACCCUUUCUUGCUGACUUGGGACAAACUUUACAGGGUAACGAUGAACAUUAUUCUGAGACUACAUACUCUGGGUCUACAACUUCUCAUUCACUAGUUUGUCAGAAACUUGAACAUUUGGAUGAAAUUAGUUUGGCUGAUACACCAAAGAGUGUCAUUGGCAUGAGUGCGCACUUCAUGGGGCAGUUGGAAGGAGAUUUGAUAGCAUCAGGAAAGCAGCAGUCAUUUUCAUUAGAUCAGAGCCCGACCUCUGAACCGUUGGAUGGGCCUAGUGGUCUGUGUUUCAAUAAAACAAAGCUAGUUGUGAAUUGUGACGAUACUAGGGGUGAUAGAGAGGCUAAAGCAGAAGUGGACAGUCUGGUUUGGGCAAAUAGGGCAGAAUACAUGAUGAAUGAUGACGUAACUUUGAGGAAUGGUAGAACCAAUGGUGUUCAAAAUAAAAAUCAUAUGGAAAGUGAUUCAGAAAGGAUGGCUUGUUCUCAAGAUUCAACUCGACUGAUUCAAGAGAGGAAUGUGCAGUCCUGGGAGUCCCAGUCUGAGCAAUGGACUCAGGACACUUUAGGGACUGGCUGUACCCUAGGAGGGGAGAGCCAGUCGGCUAUAGAAGACUCAGUUCUUGAAAAGGGGCCAGGAACGUUCGUACCUGUUGUUUUACCUGAAGUUGGUGAUCAUGAUUGUGUGCUGCAGAAAAGGGUCCUGGCUUUAAGAAGACCAAUGGAGAUCAAGCCAAUGGGCCUCGGGUCACGUCUUGUAUCAGCUUUUCUGCCAGGUGAAAAUGUAAGUGAGGAUAUGUGUGGUAGGGGAGACAGGCCAGAAACUAGAGACAUAGAGAAUAGAAGGAACUGCUUUGGCCAUCUUGAAUUUGAAUCCUUACCCCCAGCAUCGCACACUAGAGGACAAUCUGUUCAAGAGGGCAGCACGGCUAAUGCAAACAAGUUUGGAAUGAUGGAAUUGGUGGAACAGGGUGGACUAUUCCAGCCACUUGCAUCUCAGCCAAGCAGGACACUUCGCGAUGGAGAUGAUCCUGUAUCACAGAGAAUAGUGCACACUUCGUGCCGUGAUGCCGGUCAGCCUCAAUCAGAAUCCUGUCCUGGUGUUGGAGAAUCAAUGAGAAGGAUGGCUGGUCAGGACGCUGACAUUAUGAAAGAUCAUCAGAGCCAGAGAAAAGAAACCUUGUAUACUCCCCGAUGGUCAAAGUCCGGAGCUGUGGUGCGGCGUACUGCUGAAACGGCUGUCCCUGUCGACAAGCUACCUCAAGUCCAUGAGCAGCCAGACCUCGUCGAUUAUGUUGAAGAAGACCCGAGGGUGACGGAGGCUGAGCCAAGUCUCUACUGCCUGGACUUCAACUCAAAACAGGUGGUCAGUCUGAGUGACAAGUUGAACUUCUUCAUGCAGAAAUCAGAGUUUAACUUCAGUCCAAAUCUUACUGGAUAUCAGUCUUCAGCGUCAUCUCCAGGCCAAGAGGUCCCACUAGCUAGUCAGAUGUCAAACACCAAGGAUCAUGAUGACCAGUUGAUUCACCAUGUGCCUGAAGAGGAUGCUCUCCCAUUUGACAGUCAGACCCAAGAACAAGCAAUCGUUUUCACGGUCCCAGAUGUGCCUGCGACAAAGGAGAGAAAACCGCUGAAAUCAAUGCCAUUUGACGAUGAGCAGAGAUUUGAUACGUACAGCCAGUCUCAAGCUUACUCACACCAUGGAGGAUCUCAGUUGAAGGUCUUGACUCAUGAUAUUCCUGGACAACUGAGUCCCGAAUGUCAUGAUCAAGGUACAAGUGCAGGAAGUUGUGAUAAAACUCUGCAGAGUCUGCUUGAGAACUUUCAGGAGGAUUCCCCAAGCAUUCAACAUGGUGUUCCGCCAUUGGAAAACUGUGAUUCACCUGAACUCUUCACUCAGGACUUUGACAGUAUGUGUGAAGCAGAGUUCCCACAAGGACUACCUGAGUUUCAAGGUGUCAAUGCUAGAAGUCAACUUAACCGAGUACCUCUACCAGUGGCAUCGCCAAAAUUUUAUUCCAAGAUUAGUUUUGGCAGAAAUCAGUUCAGUGAAGAGACAAAGUCAGAUAUGGACAUGGAUAUCUCGCUUGAUUCAGAUGAUUUAAAUGUGUCCGGCUUUCAGACGUCUCAAAGUCAGAACAUGGAUAGACAUUGUGAGGUGAGAAGUAGGCCCAUCUACUCAUCCAUACCCUCCCUUCCGCCUCAUGGCAAUAACUACAGUGAGAAGGAGAACUAUCAGAAUGAAAUGAGUUGGAGGCUUGGGAAGACAGGUUCUCAUGUUCAAAACUGUUCUAUUGAUUCUUGUUGUGAUGUCGUUCCAAAGCUUCGAUACCCGAACACUAACAGAAUUGCUCCCAAGAAAGGUGGUGUUAAUGCUAGGACGUGUGAUGUUAAUGAGUACAAAACGACUGAGAAAACGAACCAUGUGUCAUCAAAAUGGGACAGAUAUAAUAGGUCAGGUAAUGACGGUGCCAUAGACAAGCCAACCCAUUAUCAUGGGCGGUUUAGUCCACCAAAACAAACUUUCAGUUGGAAAGAAUCAAGUUCUUGUCAAAUUGAAAAUGACUCGAGAGAUGUGGCCUACAAUCGGAGUACUUUGAACAGUCAUCUUUCUGUGGAGCAAAACUUACCAAAUGUUCAUGGUACGAACUCAUACUCAGGUACUCCUGAAAACCAUGGUCCCUAUUCCUCAAACAAAUUGGCUUCUCGGAUACAAUCUUAUCAGCAGACACCAACUCAUGACAGCUCCAAGUUUGACAAACUGUUUGCACUGAAGCCAAAUGGUAAUUGUCAACAGUCUUGUGGUUUUGCACCCUCAAGUGGAGGGUAUGGUACUGGUGGUCAAAACUUUGCAUCACAGCAAAAAGCAUACUCUUUUUCAAAAGCAAGGAGUACAUGUACAAAUUCAAAUUUCAUAUCACCUGAAAGAGCUCCUCAGCUUGUGGAUAUUCGAACGCCAGGCAGUUUUGAUUCACCAGAGAUUGUGUCACCGAUGAUUAUCUCUGAUGAUGUGCAGGACAAACCAUGGAUAGAAGGGUACAGAAAGAACAAGGAGAAGGUGACUGUGAAGUCGUCACCGGCGCUGUCUGUGUUUCGCACGCCUGUGAUGGGAGGUUUCUCUGUUGCUCCUAAAGGGGAGAGGAGUCUUGGUGGAGAAUUGGCCUUUCCCAGUCAACAAGAAGUUGAAUCAAAACCAACGCCAGUGCGCCAGGUCACGAUCCAGACUACCUUCCCGAGUGUCCCAGUUUACAAGCAGGUCAUCACAUCAGCUCUAAGAGAACACCUGAAUAUCACCCUGUUCACUGUUUCAAAGAUGUACCACCAUGCAUUAGAGAGAGCUGAUGUUUCAAAGUACAGACCCUCAGUGGGAGUUUCAGCGAACACCUCAUCUUAUAGCCGAUUCAAAGCAACUGCAUCCUCCAACAACAACCCAGCUUGCGAGCAUGGCCAACCAUCCAAAAUAGUUCAAGUGAGAAAGGAUGGAAAAAACAAGGGGAGAUUUUUCUUCAGCUGUAACGCUGCUAGGAAUGAACAGUGCAAGUAUUUCAAAUGGGCAGAUGAACUCAAGAAAGGUGCAGGUGGUGCCUCACAGCAGAGCAAAGUGUACCGGCUCGAGCUCUCAGACCCCCACAGCAUCAACACAUACUUCAGGGGACAGGGCGUGCGGUUUUAUUGCGAGUGUCAGUUGUUAAGGAAGGGCCCAGAGAGACAUCAUACUAAAGGUUUCCCUGCUUGGGCACGGAAACGAAGGGAUGAAGAAGAAAAGAAAAAGUUCUACUUGAAGCUGUCAAGGAAAGAAGGUGCAGGCUCCUAUUCCAAAGAUGACCUGUGGAUCGUGUCCCGUGAUUUCAGUUUUGAACCUGACUGCACAUUCAUCGCCAAGAGUUCAUUCUACGGCCCAAACUCCACAAAUGAAGUUCAGAUUGAUCCUGUGACUGGCUUCUCAUCAUCCAAAUGGACGAGUGGAGUGGUGUGUCAUGCCAUCCUUGCCUGUAAUGCAGCAUCUGAGUUCACAUGCAUAUCAACCAUUCAAGAUCAUCUGGAGGCUAAAUCGCCCCCAAUUGUCUCGCAUCUUAUUCAACUGGAGUCGUUAAAAUCCCUCUCGAGACGUAUGCAAGGUGAUUGUACAAGUAGCAGGUCUGGAUUCUCUGCCCCAAGAGUUGUGACCACCCCCUUCCAAGAGCUCGAGAAAAAAUGUUACAUCCCAGAGCAUUUGCUGGAAGAAGAAGUGAUAACUUUUACUGAAAAGUACUGCCUCAAUGUUGAUCAGGCAUCAGCUCUGAGGGGUAUAGCUGACAUGUUUGACUCAGAGAAGGAGGGCGCAUCUGCCGUACAGCUUAUCCAUGGUGUGUUUGGUGCUGGCAAGAGUUAUCUGCUUGCUGUCCUCGUGAUGUUCCUCGAUGCCGUCUUCAACCACAGUGACAUCCAUACUCCGGGCGUACCAUUCCCUUGGAAGAUAUUGAUAUCCUCAACUACUAAUGUCGCAGUGGACAGGAUCUUGAUGGGGUUGCUUGACAUGGGCUAUGAUGACUUUGUGAGGGUAGGCAGUGUCAAGAAGAUUGCCAAGCCAGUGCUUCCUUACAGCGUGCAUGCUUCAGGCACAGAGUCUCAGGAACUGAAGGACCUUCAAGACAUGCUGCGGUCUGAGCUCACACCCACUGAGAAACAUUGUGUGAGGAAAAGUAUUGAGCAACACCGCCUUGGUAGGAACAAGAAGAAGCUGACAAGUGCUCGUGUUGUUGGUGCGACCUGUGCUGCCUGUCCCUUCCCAUGCAUGGAGAAGAUGGUUUUUCCUGUUGUGUUUCUAGAUGAGUGCAGCCAGAUCACUGAACCAUCCUCACUCCUCCCCAUCGCCAGGUUCAAGUGUGAAAAACUGGUGUUGAUUGGAGAUCCCAAGCAACUUGGUCCCACUCUGCAGGGAUCAGAGGCUGCCCACCUGAAUGGUCUUGAACAGACGUUGUUUGACCGCCUCUUGAAAAUGGGCUAUGAUUCUACACUCCUGAGGACCCAGUACCGAUGUCAUCCACGCAUCAGUACCAUUGCAAACUCCCUCUUCUACAAUAACCAACUCAUUGAUGGCAUAGAACCAACAGCAAGGCCACCUUUACUUCCUGAUUUGCCCACCUCGUGUUUCUACAAUGUGUCAACUGGCCGAGAGCAACGUGGAGGUGUCGGGAGCUUCUACAAUGAGACUGAAGUGGAGUUUGUCAUUUCGCUCAUUGAUAUGAUGCUCAUGUUGGGGGUUGAGGCGGCCAGUAUUGGUGUCAUCACGUUAUACAGAGCCCAGAUGGUGAGAUUGGGAGUGGCUCUACAAGCAUGCAGUGCCUCGUAUGAGAGUGAACUGAAGUCCAUCCAGAUAUCGACCGUAGACGCCUUCCAGGGCGGAGAGAAGGAUAUCAUCAUACUCUCCUGUGUCCGAACUCAAGCUGUGGGAUUUAUAGAUUCAGAACAGAGGACUAACGUUGCCCUGACAAGAGCCAAAAAUCAUCUGCUGAUUGUUGGGAACAUGAAAAACCUCAGCAAGAACAUUCUGUGGGGCAAAAUAAUCCAGCACUGUCGAGGGUAUCCAAAUGGAGUGCAAGAGUCUUCCACUGCUUUGGCCAGCUUCAAGAAACUCCUCCAGCAGAAGAGGUCCUUGGGAGAGGAACAAGUGCAAUCAAAUCAGAUGGGCAAAAGGAAGCAAAGACUCAAGAAGACACAUUCACAAGUUGUCCAGACUCCAGACACGUCUCAAGUCACCCAGAUAGAGGAACACUCAUGGGAUGAUGCCCAGAGAGAAGUACCACAUCAAAGUGUGAUGGAAUCUCCUGCGAUGAGUCUAGAUUCUCAUGAUAUUGACAUGAUUCUGACCAAACCUAAUCAAAGGCAAUGGGAUACCAUCAUUGACGAGACUGAAUCUCCUGUAAUAAGUCACGAUUCUCCUAACAGUGACACAGUACCGGCCAAACCCAAACAAAGACGCCGCCAUACUAUUGAUGCGUCAUUGUUCGAUGAAGAUUGGAUCAACAAUCAAGAAGAGGAGGAAUUACCAGAGUUCACGCAUUGACAUUUGACUCUCAUUCUAUUUUGUUUUGAUCACAUGUUGUCCUACAAUGAUGCUGUACUCCAAUAUAAAGCCUCCUGUGUACAGCCACUGCCAGUUUGAUAUGACAUUCACACACAGCUGCCUGAAGUGUAUCCUGUUUAUGUCCAAAGUCUUUGCCAUUGAUUUCUGUAUAAAACGUCCGAUGAAAUAAUUGUUUUUGA